AAUAUUUUCUUUUAUUUUCAGCUGGACGAGACCCCAUGAAACUACCAGUAAUUGUGUUCAUUCAUGGCGAAUCUUAUGAUUGGAAUGCUGGAAACCCAUAUGACGGCAGCAUACUUGCGAGCUUAGGAAACGUUGUCGUCGUUACGAUAAACUACAGAUUAGGAAUACUCGGUUUCUUGCCUGCUACGGAGGGAUCCGCUCGAGGCAAUUAUGGGUUGAUGGACCAAGUUGCAGCCUUGCAUUGGGUACAAGAAAAUAUAGCAGAAUUUGGUGGCGAUCCGAAAAACGCUACAAUCAUAGGGCAAGGCCAUGGUGCUGCAUUCGUAAAUUUACUUAUGAUAUCUCCCAUGGCUAGAGGACUGUUCCAAAGAGCUAUCAUGCAGAGCGGCUCAGCCUUAAGCCCCUGGGCUAUCGCCCACGACGCCCUGAACUACGGCCGACAGGUCUGUUCCACUCUGAGAUGCCCAACGGAGGAAAGUGCGGCCAUGCUUGACUGCAUGAGACAGCGCCCACUAGCUGAUAUCAUGCGAGUGCAGCUCAUGGUUCCGGAACACCUCUCUGCUUUUGGCCCAACCGUCGACGGAAUAGUAAUACCCGUGGAUCCUUUAACUCCCAUGAACGAAAAAGAAAGUCUGUUCGGUCAAUACGAUCUUCUUUUUGGAGUUACCCGAGCCGAGUACUUCUACCAUUUGUCUUCUAACGAAGAAAAGCACGGAAUCGAUCCAGACCGCAGGGACAGGUUACUCCGAACAUUGGUCAGGAAUUUAUUCAAUUACCACAUGCAAGAAAUAUUUCUUACAAUCGUAAACGAGUACACGGAUUGGACUCGACCCGUUCAGCAUCCAGUUAGUAUACUAGAUGCAACUCUUGAAGCACUCGGAGAUGGACUAACGGUUGCUCCGAUUAUUAAAGCCGGCAAUUUGCACUCCAAAACCCGUUCAAAAACUUAUUUUUACGUUUUUGGAUACCAAACAGAAAACGGGGACUUUCCGCAAAGAUUUGGUUGCGUCCACGGUGAAGAGCUGGCAUAUUUAUUUGGAGCGCCUCUUGUGGGGACUUUAUCUCACUUUUCAAAAAACUACACCAAGUCCGAGAUGUCACUUUCAGAAGCUGUUAUGUCUUACUGGAUAAACUUUGCAAAAUCUGGUGAUCCGAACAUUACCCCGCAUCAAGAGUUGGAAAGUCUAGCAUCUGAUAAAGCUAGAGGGCGAUUUGAGAAGUUUGUUUGGGCCCAGUAUGAAACGGUACAUCAGAAGUAUUUAUUAAUAGGAUUGAAACCAAAAGCAAAGGAUCACUAUCGUGCUCAUCGAUUGUCAUUCUGGCUAAACCUCAUCCCACAACUCCACCGUCCAGGAACCGUCUCUGUGAUACCACAGCACCAUCUUCUGGACGACCACAAUAAUCCUCUAACAUACGACGGAGUCGUCAGACCUUUAGCUGAUGGCGACGACAUGUCAGCGACGUUUUCUGGACCAUUCUUGGGUGGACAACCACAGAGUUCUCCAACCUUACGACCAACGUUAGCAAAAAAUGUCACAUCAGAACCUCCAUUGACGUCUACAGACUCACCGAAAGUACCCAAACCCUAUCCUGGAACUACAGUAGAUACGAUUAGCAAUUUCACUGAAACUCGGUCUGUGAUGAUACCUCAAAGUGGUUACUCAACAGCACUCAGUGUCACCAUUGCUGUGGGUUGUUCUCUGCUUAUCCUGAAUAUUUUAAUUUUUGCUGGUGUUUAUUAUCAACGUGACAAGAGUAGGAUGGAAAUGAAGCUACAGAAAAGAAACUACAAGGAAGGAAACGUUUAUGGAACCGAUGGCGAUGAACCCGCAGAUGAAGAAUCCUUUCAUCAAACACAUGGGGGCAGUGAUAAAGACAUUAAUAUUGAUAGGGAUAAAUACAAUAUUUGGGAAUUUGAAGUUCGACGAUCAGGUGAGCGGGAAGCCAUGGUGAUACCAUCACCUCCAACAAAGACAACCCCAUCUGGUGCUGCAUCUCCUAUGACCAUCUGUCCUCCAGGUCUUCCGCCAGAUUAUGCACACCACCAUCAUGCGAUGCAUCAUCCCUCCCAGCAAGGGGUACGCAUGCUACCUCCCAAAGUACCCCCGAAACCCGUCAUGGUACCAACUCCGGCUUCAGAGAACGCCUUACCCGAAGCGCAGCCCCUGCUGCCCCAUUGUGGCAUCCAGAAGCAAAAUCCAGCCCCACCACCACAAACCCAAGAAAUGCCAGUGUGAGCUGAACAAGAUGACUUUCUUCGGGCAGGGUGUAAAUCUUGUUCAACAGUUCGUUGUCGCUAACCCAUGAUUUUACAUUUGAAGAGGGUUGAAAUCUUUCUUGAAGUGGAAAUGCCAGGGCGCUGAAAUAAUUUGUAUAUUCAAUGUUUGUCAUCUGAUGUGCUUUCAGGACUAUAACCUGACAUGUGAAAAUAGUUCUUAUUCGUGAACUUGCUCAUGUUGAUCGCAAGCAUGUUUUCUGUAUUGAAAAAUAUAUUUCUUCCAAGGAAAGGCGAUGAGGCUUUAUUAUAAGAAAGGGAUAACGAAAAAAUAGUACAGCCCAUGAAAAAUUUUAUGUGAUAUAAUAUUGUAAAAUAAAAAUAUAUUCACUUCAGAAAAAUUAUCAUUGAACCCUCAAACUAAAGGCGUUCAAUUAUACAUUUAUUUUCUUUAACUAAAAAAAAAAUUAAUGUUUUAUCACUCUUAAAUUAAGGCGUCCUAAAUAUUUUCAGACAUAUUUUUUCAUCAUAACAGCCGCUCACGCUUUCUGAAAAAAAUUCUAAAAUAAUCUUCCAGCAUUUUAAUCUAAAAUUUGGGCAAAGAGAAAAAAGUCUUAAUUGCAUUUAAAACAUGGUGAAUUUUCAUAAAGCUUUUAAACCUAAAUUGUUUUGCUCAAGGUCGCGGUAUUGCGAUAAACCGACAGUUUUUUUUUUUUACCAUCAUAACGUGAAAUGUUUUUUCAAAAGUGGUACACUUCAAAAACAAUUUGUAAAAUGGUGUCUUACUGCCAUUAUGUCUUCCGAUUUUAAAACAAACAUUCAAAGCAGGAAAAAAUGUAUGAGGAAAAUAUCAUUGCUUAAAAACCAUAUAAAUUUCCAUCAACAAAUUCAAAAAAAAAAACUCUUAAUUUAUUUAUUUACACCACAAUAUUUUAUAAAUAUCGAAUGUUGUUUUUUAGAAGAAAAAUAAAUUAAAAAUUAUAGAUUUAAAACUAUGAUCUCCUAUAAUAGUUUUUCAAUUGCGAAAACAUCAUUGACUGAAUUUCAAGAACUUUAAUUUGGAUGUUGGGUUGGCAAUUUAUCAAUUUAAAGGGUAUUUCAUUAUAAAAUAAAACAGAUAAAAGAAGAAUGAGCUUCUAAUACAACUGUUACUAUAUAUCAUUCAAAACUUGACUGAUUAUCAAGAUGUGUGUUUGUGCAAAUGAAAACUGAUUUCUCCAUUUUAUUUAAAGCAGUUACUUUUGCUUUUAAGAAUAAAUAAUUUUGAUAAAAUAUUUAUGUACCUAAUAAAGAAAUAACUUUUCUUGGGCUGUAGUAUUUUCCCUUUCCGUCACGUCUCAGGAGGUCUUCCCAUUCAAAUGUCCGUAGAUGUUUUUUUUUUCUUUGCCGAGAUGAAGAUGAUGUUCUUAAGAUGGUCAGCCAAUGGAGCUAGCUUUUUCUUUUAAUUAUGAGGAAGAUAAGCGUGUCACGCGUUUUUAUAAAUAUCCGUGUUUUAUUUUAAUUUGUGUACUGCAUAUUGUAUUACAUUCUUUUGUAAAGCUAUAAUGGAAAAAGUGUUGAUGUUGCAUAUACAUUUAAACUAAAGCAACUAAACAUUUGAUUCUUAGUAAAUAUAAUAGCUACUUUUGUUUUAUUGUUCUGAUUUGAAUCAAGCACUAUUGAAUCACAAUGUGGCAUUCUAACGCUGUUUUCAACUGAAGUUAAUGUUGCGUUAGAUUGUAAGACAUCAAAAGAAUGUGUUCUAGAUUUGUUAUUUUAAAGUUAAUAAAAUGUUUAAG